UUUUCCCUCGUAGCCUUGAAGGCGGCGCUUGGUGACAUCACAGCCGCCAUGUCGCGGUGUUUGUGCUCAGGCUUGUGGACAAUUUUGUUGUUUUUCUUGUGCUGUGCGUCUUUUCGGCGGACGAUUGUCGCGACGGCGGAGGAGGCGGGCAGCUGCCACAACCUGAGACUCGGUCAAUAUUUGUGUAUAGAUCCCAAGAUCGACGAGGUCACUCAGGAGCCGCAAAACUGUCAUGAUGCCAGCACCUGGGUGGAGUGUCUUCCAGCUCCAAACGUCACCUGCCGACUUUCCAACGGGACGCAAUUUCGCUUCAGCGGGGAGGAGGUGGGCUUUAAUAAAACCAUUCCCUGUAGGAACGUGAGCGGCUACUCGUACAAAGUGGCUGUGGCCUUGUCACUUUUCCUGGGCUGGCUGGGUGCCGACCGCUUCUACCUGGGCUAUCCCGCACUCGGCGUGCUCAAGUUCUGCACAGUGGGUUUCUGCGGUAUCGGCACGCUGGUGGACUUCAUCCUCAUCGCCGUGCAGAUAGUGGGGCCGGCGGACGGCUCCGACUACAUCGUGGACUACUACGGGGCCCGCCUCAGCCGCCUGGCCAUCAGCGAGCACACGUACAGGAAGCCGCACCUGGCCCCGUGACGCCAAAGUGAGCCGCAACUGCAGUGUUUGCAGCAGCAUCGGCGGGCGCGUCGGCUCUGCGCUCUUCAUGCCCUUUUUGCUUCAUCUGGCUGCUCGGCGUGUGACAUCGCAGCGCUACAUCCAUUCUCCACGGCGACCACUCUGACGAAUGACAGCGUGACGACCAACGCAGUCGGCGCGUUUGUUUUUUCUUAGCUUGCAUGGCAGCGUUGAAAUUUUCGCCGCACAAGGAAGGUGCUUGAAGCAUCGCCAUUGACAACAGAAGGAUGCCACGUUGGACCCAUGACACAAGUACAUUGUCGUUGUCAAGUCUGUCAAUAAAGUUGUUUUGUCGGAAAGA